AUGGAAGAACUACUGUUGCGAGUGUUGAUGCACGCCAUCUCCAACUUGGUCUCCAUUCCGACUUUUGUUAUUUUAUGCUCUUAUUCCUCACUUCAUCAGAACUUUCGGUGAGUUGCUUCAUUCUGAAAGAAUACCACUGUUUAUCAUAAAAUCUCCUUUCCUAGUGAUUAACUUCUUGAUUUAUUUUAUGACACAUCAUUAAAAAAGGCAAAUACACCAGUCGAUGGCUAAUAUUUUGAAAUCAGCUUCAAAUUUUCUAGUUAUUAACUUGUCUUUUUCGAAUUUCAUAUAUUUCUAAUUAUCAAAUUCAAUCAUUUAUAGCUGGAAAUUGAUUUUUCGCUCAAAAAUAUCUAACAAGAGAGAUCAUUUCGCUUGACGAUUCCGAAAUUUUAGAAAAAGAGCCCUGGGUUUUUUGGAAGUUUUCUCAGUUAAUUUUGAACCGUUUUUUUUAAAAAGUCAUCGCUUUAUCCUCGAUGUUACGAAUAAUGAAAAAAUCGAAGUCACUGAAAAAAUUCAUUUUUUUUUGAUUAGUCAGUUCCGUCAGGAAAUAAAAGAAGCUCUAUUUUUCCUUUUCUCAAAUUUAAUGCCCUUAUUUUCAAACUUGCACCUUGGGCAGCUGAAAAAUGAGAAUAAUAAGAUGACGCUAUUUUUCGAAAGCGUACGAUUAUCCAAAAUCGGCAGAGAACAUUUUUCGAUUUGCAGAACAAUCCUCAUAAUCAUCACCAUUUCGGGCAAUGUUAUAUCGAUCAUGUCCUACGUGCAAUGCUACUUUAUGUACGUUGACAGGACGGUAUUACAAGAUGUGGGUUUGGAACAAGUUUUCCUGAAACUGAAUGGUCCAGAGGAAAAUAUGAGAAACAUAGAAAAGGGUCAAAGUUUUGAACCUUCAGACUACUGCUGAUAAUUUUUUCAAACGAUUUUUCUCUAUGUCAAAACUUGGAAAAAUUUAUUGAAUAGUUCUUCAAUCAAUAUGCGACAGACUCAAAAGUACUUUCGCGCAAGCACAUCGGUAAGCCUGAGAGCAGCCGACCAAUAAUUUCAAUAUAACUUAAUUUACACCGUAACGCAUUGAAUUUUUGGGCGCCGUAACCAGUCAGAAAUGUAUUAAAUCCUCAAUUUCAGCCUUCUGAUGCCAUAUCGAUAAUGUUGUACAUUUCGACGUUCACCUUCGUCUUCGCCAACCUUUGUCUGACUUUGGAAAGGCUUCUCGCCGUUCAAUUCGUCGCCCAUUACGAAAAGUACUCGGCAUACAACAGUGCAGCUGCCGUGACGGCUUUUGCAACGGUUGAUUUCGAUCUGUCAAAUUAUGAAUGUGUAUCAGAAAAGUUAAAGGUAGUCCCGGCUGUGAUAUCCGGCGCAGUGGUCUGUUUCCUGCAAACAGACGUCUUGCCAGUUUGUAUUCUUCUGCUCGGAUGCAGUACGGUCAGCGCUGUGGUUGGUCUUUGUUUCUUACUAGAAAGGUCGUUUUGUUUUGCGCUUGGGAAUGUCCUGAAAAUUGGUUGGAAAACUUGUUGAUGUACCCGCUGAAGAUCCGAAAGAUCCGAAACCAGCCAUUUCCGAGAAAACAGGUAUCAAAGUCGAAGAGAACCGACAAAGUCCGUUAAAAUAGACUAACUCAGGACCUUUAUUUGGUUUAUCAAGGAAUAUUCUGGCCUAUUUUUAGAAAACUCUAAGAGCAAAAUGACCUUCCGAGAUGUUUCUGUUGAUUUUUUCAUGUGUUCGAAAAUUGACGAAAAUUUCAAAAAAUGCUUUUAUUUUUUCUGUUUUCUUUGAUUGUAUUCAAUUUUGCCAAAAUAACAUUAUGUAUGCGGUCGCAGUGUCUUUUUGUUUAAUCCUGUUUUUUUUUGAAACCGACCACGUCUCAAAGAAAAAAGUUCUGUUCGAUUCUAAUUCAGUUAACUGUUAUCUUUUAGUAAAAGUACAAUCACUUCCAGAUUUCAUUGGUUCUGCGGUACAAGACGAGGUCCAAUAAAGUCGUUUCGAUGGACUAUUCGCUGAGGAAAAAGUUCCAAUGGGAAGAAAACCAACGGACGACGCCACUCUACCUCUACAUCUCCUUGAAUGAGAUCUUCUCGGCGAUUCUGAUAGCCGUCGUCAUUUACCUUUACAAGACUGACUAUAACAAUAUUUUGUUCACUUCAAAGUUCGACGAUCACCUAGCCGACGCCCUUGACGUUGUGAGUUGUUUGUAUAGUUGUGAAAUUAGAUUCAAAAAACCUACGAAGAGCAUUAAAGAAACAAUCGUGAUAUUUUUUCGCAAUUUUCAGUAGGAACUGAACAUUUUUAAGCCAGUAUUGACUAUAUUUGGGUUUUCAUCGCGUGAACCGGAAAAGUUAAAAGUCUUUGGGUUUAGAUCUCGGCCUACCGGACCUUAUUCACCCAUCUUGCCGUGAUCUACUACAGCAAAGUCCAGCGAACGGCGCGAAAAAGGAAGCAAAUGACAGAACUCUCGUCGGCGCAUUUGGCAACCGAGAAGUAUUUCGAAUCCAUCAAUGAAAUGUGGAAAUGA